AUGCAUCCCGUCUCUCCUUCGUCGGUGUCGCAAGCGGAUACAUUGGGCACAUCGCCCUUCCAUGACCAGGACACCCUCAAAGAGGUCUAUGCCUCCCCGGACGCGCACUAUCUAGGCACGCCAAUCAACCGGGACCCGCCGCCAACUUCAUACUAUCGCUCCGACGACUUCCCUGAGGUCAAGCCUUCAGAAGACUUGGAAGUGUCUCACAAGCCUGCCAAGUUUGCUGGUGGCGACUACUACGCUCCCCGCGGAGGAGAUGGCGAGGGAAAGAUCGUGGUGGGCCGAGACGAAGCGCCAUUACCGCCUACGCCUCGCAAGGACUGGAAGAAAAGUUGGAAUGUUAGGAUUUUACUAGUCAUCGGCGGUAUCCUUAUCAUUCUCGCAGUGAUUCUCGGAGCGGUCCUGGGUUCAAGGGCCGCGAAUAAGGGCAGCAACGGCGCCGGCGCAGACGGAGCAGCAACUACAUCAUCAGGGGCAUUGGCAACAGCAAGCUCAAUGACUGUAACAACGAUACAGACUGGCAGCGUCACAACCACAGCCUCGGUGUCGCCGGCUACCAAGACACUAGAAAGUGUUGCGAUCCCCGAAGCAUCUGCCUUUGAUGUCGGAAGGUCGUACAACGCAAGCUUCACGCGAUACGGGACAAACGACGGAACUGGCGGUAGCAACUGCAAUGUGGCGCUGAAUGGCUGCGGCUUUUAUAGCAAGCCUGGGUAUGCUGCCGGCGUAUCUCAAAAUUUGUACGGCACUGGCCCCGGCAAGGGCAAGGGCCCGGCAUGCGGCACAUGCUGGUUUCUCGAGACAUUCCGAGAUGCUUCUGGCAACGAAUUGAAAAACAACAUCACCGUUAUUGUCAACGACCUCUGCCCAGCAACUGCUGGCAGCGUUUGCCGCCAAACGAGCCUUUCCGACCUCAACUCGUGGGACACCCAAGUUGACUUCAACUUAUGCACAGAUUCUGGUGCAUCGGACGCCAUGUUCGGAGCCAACAGUGGUAUUGGCUUGGCAGUAGGAAGGGCGACGAGAGUCGAUUGCAAGUCCUGGUCGGGCGAGAUACAGAGCUAG